GUUCGAGAUAUCCUCAGCCUGGCUGAAAGGAGGGUUUCAGCCGAUGCAUGGGGCGUGUCGUGCGACCAUGGAGGAGUUGCUUCGAUCAAGAACCUGCUGGGUGUGUGACCGAAAGAUGGCUGCCAGCGUCGCCCCGCCGGAGAUCGCGCCCCACGACUGUUCCGGCGCCGAGGAACACGCACCUCGACUUCGCACGCUGAGAACCGUCGGCGGCUACGCAAUCUACCCCGUGUUCGUGGUUUUUUGGCUACUGCGAUGGCUGUGCACGAGUGUGUUCACUGUGUUGGUGUUCGUUUUCCGCGGCGGCCGCAGCGCUCACCACGGAGAGCACCACUACGGCCAUCUAUCGGCGCCUAUCGGCAGCUCGGACGCAAUGGCGGCGUCCAGUGCGGAGCCCGACGCAUCUCUGCUGAUCCGACAGAAACAACACCACAAGAGGGCCUUCGACUUCAUCUCCAAGGCGCUCAAGUAUGACGAGGAGAAUGACGAUCUCAAGGAAUUGGCCAUUGACCUCUACCGCAAGGGUAUUGAGGAACUGCAGAAGGGAAUCGCCAUCGACUUCUCGCAAGGAAAAGGUCCUUCAUGGGAGAGGGCGCACAGGCUUACAGACAAGAUGAGGGUCAACCUUGAAAUGGCCAAGGACAGGCUUGACUUCUUAGAGAGCAUGGUGAAGAUUGAGCACCUUGGCGAUGACCUGCCCUGGCAUGCGGGCGUGGCCCGGCCUCAGGCCAACCAGAAGCGCCGAGCAUGGCAGAAGGCGGCGCCCGGCCAUGACGCGACCACGAAGCUGGACGGCCCCUCGUGGCUGAAGAUGGCCGAGAACGGCGGGGGUCCCAGUAGCCAGACGAAUGACAGGCACCGGCGUUGCUUGUCGCCGCCGCUGUCGCCGAAGGCACCGUCUGGUGUUACGUUAAGAAACCAGGCGUCAACGACGUCGCGGCCCGGAGUGGCGACGCAGGCAGUCGCGCCGCGGGCCCAGACGCUGCCUCGCAACACGACGGUCGGGGGUGCCCGGACGACGGCCAAGUCCCCGUCGCGGCCUUCCCGGCCUGCUGCCAACGAUGCAGGGUCAACGCCGACGCCAACGGCAGCGAGGCGGCGGCUAAACCAGCAACAGCCGAACGCACAGCAGCCCAGGGGUCGGCAGCAGCCAUCUGCAGCAGCGCGACCCGGUUCCCGAGGAGGUUCCUUCCGCGGCGGCAGUGAAGGGAGGCGGGUGUCGACACUCAAGGGCGUCGACUCACGGCUCGCACACAUGAUCCUCGACGAGAUCGUGGACGGCGGGCCCGAAGUGCUGUUCAGCGACAUUGCUGGCCAGGAAGUGGCCAAGCAGGCGCUAAGCGAGAUGGUGAUACUGCCCACAGACAGGCCAGAGCUGUUCACAGGUCUAAGGGCACCGCCCAAGGGCCUGUUGCUCUUUGGGCCGCCGGGCAAUGGCAAGACGAUGCUGGCCAAAGCAGUGGCCCACGAGUCCCACUCCACAUUUCUCAACAUCAGCGCGGCUUCGCUGACUUCGAAAUAUGUUGGUGAAGGCGAGAAGCUGGUACGAGCCCUGUUUGCAGUUGCGCGAGAACUGCAACCCAGCAUAAUCUUUAUCGACGAGGUUGACUCCUUGCUCAGCGAGAGGAAAGACAAUGAGCAUGAAGCAACACGGAGGCUCAAGACUGAGUUCCUCGUCGAGUUUGAUGGGCUCCACACUGGGAGUGAAGAACGGAUUCUCGUGAUGGGUGCCACGAAUAGGCCUCAAGAGCUGGACGACGCUGCACUUAGGCGUUUCACGAAGCGGGUGUACGUGACCCUACCGGACGAGAACACACGGCUCGUGCUUCUCGAAAAGCUUCUCAGGAAGCAGAACAGCCCGCUGUCUCUAGACAAGCUCAAGUACCUGGCCAGGGUGACCAGUGGCUACUCGGGAAGUGACCUGACAGCACUAGCCAAAGAUGCUGCACUAGGUCCAAUAAGAGAGCUCAAUCCCGAGCAAGUCCGGUGCGUCGACCCUAAAAAAAUGCGGAACAUAACCCUGGAGGAUUUCAUGACGUCGCUCAAGAAGGUUCGCUGCAGUGUGUCGUCGCAGAGCCUAGAGUUCUACGAGCGUUGGAACCAGGAGUUCGGCGACAUCACUGUUUGACGUCUUCGUCAGCGCGCCUUUCCGAAGCCGCCGUCGUCGCUGCCAUCACGUUUCUUCUCUCGCUCGUUUGCUGCACUGACACAAAGCUUUGUACAUAGCGGCAUAAUGUCAUUGGACUGGUCAUGCAUGUUACCUUUGCUUUCUAAUUUGUUGUUUGACUCGUUGCAUCACUUCUGCAGCACAGCCUCUGUGAAUGAAAAUUCAAGAAAGUGUCGAAGGAGGGUGCGAGGCAUUCGCUGAUGUUGCCUUUGUUGUGCAAGAAUUGGCAUGUGCAUGCAGAACAUUGUACGCCUGUAGGAAUUCGAAACAUAUUCUCGGUGUGCUCACGGAUUGAUGCACUUUUUCACGUGGCUAUAAAAUUGCUACCUCAUUAUUAAAGCAUGCAAAUCUUGCAUGGCACAUGAAAUUUUAGGUAUGUCGUGCUUCCAUACGGUACUAGCUAAAUUAACUUUCGUGUCCUUCAGGCCUACUUGAAUGCAAUGUCAUAAUGUGUUCACUCGUCAUUCGUUCGUUUGAGGUCUUGCUGAAAAGGGUGCAUUGUCGAUGUACAUACUGUAACGGCCAUACUUCACACAUGGACAAUCUUCCAGUGGAUGGACAGUGUCUUGUGUUGUCGCACAAUGUUCGCAUGGAUUUGUCUGAGAGAACACUUCCUCUGUUUCAAGAGAAAUGAGCUGAAAUAUAUGCACGAGAGAUAAGCGUACAUUCUCGUUUUAAUGUUUUUAAUUUGCGUAUUAGUGUCGACUGUCUAGUUUGGCAUGUUUGUUUUGCGUAUUUCAAGUAGGAAACAAAUUCCAGCGUACGUUUUGAUAGAUUUGUCGACGUAGAUUGUGGAACUGCUCUAACAAAAGGCGGGACAUGCGUUCGUGUACAGCUGGCUUGCUGCCAAAUUCUUGUAGCACAUGCGCUGUAGUCAAUGCAACCAUUGGGAUUAGCGUAAAUCUUGUCAAGGGUAUACAAGACUCGUAAUUUCUUCUUAAGCCUGUUCCUGUAUUUUUGCAGUGGUCUAGUUACAUUCUUAAGACUUCUUUGAAAGCAUAUGUGGUCUUUGCUUGUUCCCCAUUAUUUGCUAAUAAUAUAAGAAUAAUGUUUCAACUCGCACUAUGGCUAUCUUCUAAAAUGUAGAGUUUAUAGAGAUCUGGAAUUUAGAUGGUACAUACAGAGUCCGACUGAGCUCCCAUACCACAAAGGCAAAUGCAUUGAGAGUGUAAUUUUUUUUGUGGAUAUUACCAGUUAAAAAUGAACAAUAAGUUAAAAAUGUGGUCUUAGCUUAUGGGGACUUCUGCUGCAAUGCUUGCGUAAUGUCGCGAGUUUACAGCUGUGCGGUUUUUGAGAAAGGUCUCGCAAGUCGGACUGCUGUGUUGUUCAAGCCACGCAGUUUUUUUUAGUGUGAUUUCGGAGAUAUUUUCCAGGCGUACAUACAGAGGUAUCAGGUUGACUUCCGGACCCCCAUUUUCAAUAUGCAUUCAGCGUCAAAAUUAUAGAGACCACUAGGCUUUAGAAAUCUCUGAAUUUCUCUGCAAUUUGACUAUAUUCAGUCUAACUGCACAGUAGAUGUUAAUGUGUUUUAGAACAGGCCGGUAGUCCAAAUACAAGGCUGCUUGCUGAAGCAGCGGGAACAUUGUUUUUUCUUGUCCCAUGGCCUUGAAACUUUUGACGCCAAUUGUACCUUGUACAGGUGCUUUAAUGGUGCUGAGUGCAAAGUAUGUGCUCCCGCAACAGGAUGUGUAGUGUGUGCUUGUAAGGUAAAUUUUCUUUUAAGUGCCAAGGAGGUAUAUGAAUGUGUGCGUUCAUCAAACCUCUUGAAUAUGUGCGGCAUUAGGAAGUGCAAACUUGAUAGUUUGACUGCCACUUAUUUGUCUGCUUACUGGAGCAAUGAGUUUACUCUCUGUGACCUCCAUGCAAAUUGAUUUGCCACUUGCCUCUGUUACUGUAACCUCGCAAGAAAUUUGUUUUAUUCACUUCCAGGCAGGCAGCACUAAGAAUGGUCGCUAAUCGUGACUGCAGUGAAGUGGGAAGCUGUGAUUUCUCGUUACCGUCCUUUGAGCACUUUGUGUUUAUUUUCUUGUUGCACUGUUGCUAAUCUUUUUCCUCGUAGAAAUGCUUGAGAUAUUUUGCACGGCGGAGUAUUUUUCAUAUAGACGCGGCAGUGUACAGCGAAAGCCAUGGUUGAGAGAAAGCCUGACAAUAUUAGUGUCUUUCAAGAGGGUUUGUCGCCUCACAUAUGCGAGUGAUGGAUAAUUUGAUAAUGCCUCAUUAGUAGGCGUGUAGAGACUUCAGAAUGGGUCAUCUUUUUUUUUUUUUUUCUGUUGCCAGAUCUUCGAAUCGUUAGCCACAGUGUGCCAGCCAGUUUGUAAAUGUGGACAAAAAUGGAAUGUUAUUUCUUCGAAUUACAGUGCUGUUGGCCAAGUUUGGUUUCAGUACCGUUUAAGUUCAUCGGCACUUGUGCUGGACAUGCCGCAGCUGUUCACCAUGCUUCUGUACUGCACAGAACCUGCGGAGUGAUGAACCAAAUAAUAUUGCAGUUUCACUUGAGCUGAGCUUAGCUAACUAUGAGACUUCUUCGAUAUAAAGAUAAAAAACUGAGAUACUACGAGCCAAGCAAAUUUCAAGCUUGAGCAGCAAUCUUCAUGCCUUGUUCAUGCUUGUGAUAUCGAACAGCACUACUGUACAUAGCUUAAACCACAUUGCUUGGCACAUUUCCAGCUGUACAUAACCCUCACAAAACACAGUCAACCCCCUUUACGCGCGCUUCGCUUUCAACGCUCGUGCCGUUCGAAUUUGCUUAGCCGCAAACGAAACGUGCACUUGAGGCGGAUGUUGUUGUUCCAGGCGCGGCGUCACCUCCGCUCCUUGUCACGUGACGUGAAGCGAGUGUGACGUCAGCGCGGCCGAGGCUGGGUUUCAAGCGAGAGCCACGGGAGGGCGUUUGUGUUGAGAAAAAGCUAUGCACGCGACAUUACGUCACCUUCAUGCUCGCGUUCCGUAUCUCUAUUGUGUACAUAUUUUUGUCAUUUCUUCGACCAUGUUUGUUCUGCUGGACCAGAAUUGUUUGUGCAGCAUUAUACGAACCUGCUUUGUAUAGAAAAAAAUCCGCCACCGUUAGAUUUUUUUUGCCUGUUGAUAGUUUAUAGCUAGGCCGUGAAAGGAAUGUUUUUAAAAUAAAUGUGGUUUUU